CAAACUACGACACACUAGGUUCCAGGUUCUUCUCCCUGUAAGUCGUUGGCAUAGAAGUCUAGCCCAGCACUCUCCGGCAGCCUCGGGUGCUUGUGACAUCGACCAAGACACCACGCUCGCCUUCCAUUCGCGCACGCCCUGCGAUCCCCUGUCGGAAACUUGGAGAUGACAACCUGACUACUUGUGGAGACGAGCCGAUGAUCCCGAAGCCGCAAAUCUCAUGCCUACAUAUCUAAGCAUAUAUUCAGGGCUGAGACAUUGGGCUGAAAAGGCGGGCCGAGCAAAAGUCCAUCGUAUAUUUACUUCAUCUCGAUUAAUUGAGGCUCUAUCUUUCUAGUUGCUGCUCCAUUCAACUUCACCCCCAUUUGUCGGACGCCAAUAUGGGCCAGCCAACGGUGUUCGCGGGCAAUGGAGUUGGCCCGCCAUCCGGAAGUCAAGCAAGAAACUCGCAACAAAUAACCCCACCCGGAUCUCCCCAUUCACUUCGUAACGCUUUGAGGGAGGCGGAUGGGACGUCCGGGUUUGGUUCCUCACCAACAAGCGAGGAGGAUUAUGACGAUAUCAAGCCGUCGGCGACUAUUAUAAGACGGAAAUUGACCAAAUCGAGGUCACAGCUGGACGACACGUCCUCCGAGGACAACAGCUUUGCAGCCUCGGGGAACUCUAAAUCGGACGCACGUCCACCCCUGAAGACUGGCAAAGACGGCGUCAGAUAUGUCCUCGAACCAGAGGAUGGGGAGUUACGCGAGAUCGUGAAGCGUGGCUUGCUGCGAGCCAAGGAUCCGACGGACAAGGGGAGGCGCCGCCCAAAGUUUAGUGACCUGGUGUUCACCCGGCAGUUCUCGACUUUCGACCGGCAGAACCAAGACGCUGCGAGUAGCCCCUUCCACGGCUUCUUCACGUUGUUCUGGAUGGCCCUUUUCUUGUUCAUGAUCAAAAUAGGGGCCGACAACUGGGAGAAGUACGGCAACGCACUGGGGGACAACCAGAUCAUGAAGACCAUGUUCGGGGGGGAAGUCGUCCUGUUACUCCUCUCGGACGGCAUCAUGUGUGGCCUCACAGGGGUAAGCUGGCUUAUCCAGAGGCUUGUAUAUGCUGGUUAUCUCGACUGGGACAGCUCUGGCUGGACCAUCCAGAACCUGUGGCAAAUUACCUUCAUAUUUGGAGUCGUUGAACUGACCCGAUGGAGGGAAUGGCCGUGGACAUACACCGUGUUUUUUGUACUACACGGGCUCGUCAUGUUGAUGAAGCAGCACUCGUAUGCUUUCUACAAUGGCUACCUCUCUACUGCCUGGAAGACGCGCAAGCAACUCCUUUGCAAACUAAAGCAGCUGGAGAACAUAUGCCCAGUCCAGUGCCCUUCGGCGACCGAACCACUCCCGUCUGCUCUCUGUACCACGCAUCUAUCGCGUUUGCCAUCGGCGCACAUGAUGAAGGAACGCCGUGUAUCCAUAGACUUUGAGAAGAACAACCCAGAUAUCGACAGGAUUGCAGCCGCAAUCGACUCCGGAGAUCCCCUUGAUGAGGAACAGGUCCUUGUCUUUGAACGGAUGAUCAAAUGGGAGAUUGAUGCUCUGACGGAUGAGCUCAGGGGCAAGUCUACAAACCCCGACAAGGCGUAUCCGUACAACCUCACACUUGCAAACCACUACGAAUACAUCGUUCUUCCGACUGUUGUCUACGAACUCGAAUACCCAAGGUCGGACUCGAUCAACUGGUCCUACGCCGCGGAGAAGCUGGCGGCCUCUGUCGGGCUCAUCUUUGUCAUGAUCAUGAUCUCGCAGGCCUUCAUCUACCCGGUGGUGAUGAGGACGCUGCAGAUGAAGGAGGAGAACAUGUUGCUUGCCGACCGAUUCCGGGAAUUUCCCUGGAUGCUGAGCGACCUGAUCUUCCCCUUCAUGAUGGAGUACCUGCUGUCGUGGUACCUGAUCUGGGAGACCAUCCUCAAUCUCCUGGCAGAGCUGACCUACUUUGCCGACCGUACCUUCUAUGGCGCCUGGUGGAACAGCGUGUCCUGGGACCAGUUUGCGCGAGACUGGAACCGACCCGUCCACAACUUCCUCCUACGCCAUGUCUACCACAGCUCCAUCUCGGCCAUGAAAGUAAACAAGCACACGGCCACUCUGAUCACCUUCUUUCUCUCCGCCUGCGUCCACGAGUUAAUCAUGUGGUGCAUUUUCAAGAAGCUCAGGGGCUACCUGCUGAUCUUGCAGAUGGGCCAGCUUCCGCUGGUAAGAUUAAGCAGGACGAAAUGGCUCCGAAACAAAGCAACAUUAGGAAACAUCAUUUUCUGGUUGGGAAUAUUUACGGGUCCCAGCGUCCUCUGUAGCCUCUAUCUUAUCCUAUAGGGCUCGGCAUGAUGGCGUUCUGCGGGUGGUAACGGGCACGGUCGGCGUAAAUAAGGUUACCAGAUUCAAAGAAGAUCAUAUUGGAUAUCAAUUGAGAACUUGUUGGUUGAAUCAGUAGGUACCCAUCCUGACCGGUAUCAGUGGCUCUCUAGGUGUGAACUUGUGGUGAAGUGGGUGGAGCCACCAUCAACGCACGGACCAAGCCGCGGGUCCACCAGCUCCGCACACUUACCCUAAUUGCCGAGACUCACCGCCCACACACCAAAAUUUCCAUUGACUCCAUUUCUCACA